ACGGUGUUUCAGAAAAUCGCCUUAUCUUUCCAACUCUCUCCCACUUACGGUACCAUUCUAAAUCAUGGCCGACGUUGACCAGCGCCGCAAAGAUAUGGUGGCAGGGCUCGAAGCUGCAGCUGCAGCCAUGAGAUCGUCCUGUGCGAGUAUCGAGUCUGCCUCGCUUGCUAUGCGCCAGUGCGCGAAACUGGCCGAAGACUUCGCCGCUUCCUUCCAAAAGUCUGGCGGCUUGCUCAAGGGCAGCAAGGGCGACGAAGACGACGACGAGCAUGCGAACGGCAAGCGCAAGCGUGGCACCAAGAAGGAGAAGGACCCCAACGCACCCAAGCGUCCCGCAUCCUCGUACUUGCACUUUCAGAACGAAGUGCGCAAGGACCUCAAGGAACGCUUUCCCGAAUCCACCAACACCGAGUUGUUGAAUAUGAUCAAGACUCAAUGGCAGGACAUGUCUGAGGCGCAGAAAGCGGUCUACAAUGAUCGUGUCGCGAAAGAGAAGGCGCUUUACGCUGCCGCGAAGACCGCGUACGACGCGCGCUCGCCCGAAGAGGUUGCUCGCGCAGACGCCGAGGCAGCUGCUGCCGCUGCUGCCAAGAAAAAGCCCCGUGGUCGCAAACCCAAGACGACCGCUGUCGCUGCGCUCUCUCCCACUGUUGUCCUCGCCUCCGAUGAGGAGGAAAGUACCGAGUCGGAUCAAGAAGAUGCUCCUCCCAUCAAACGCAUGGCAGCCGCCGCUUCCUCAUCCGUAGCCUCGGAUGAAGAGGAUGAGGACGAGGACGAAGAGGAAGAUGAAGAGGACAACCAGCCUCCACCGAAGAAGACAAAAAAGGCAAGCCCACCUCCGCCUGCACGGAAAUCUGCCGUCAAGGAGAAGGACCGGAAGAAAAAGUCGAAGGCAUGA